CACCCGGGUGUUCAGUUCAGGUCUGGGGCCAGCAAGGUAGAACCCCCUAGAACCCUGACUUGCUCCAAAGUCAGACUUGCUCCAGAGUCUGUGGCUGCCACCAUCACCACCACGACAGAGCUGACUUCCUGGGUUUCUCUUUCACUUUGACUUGCCCUAGGGAUGGGCUGUGACACUUUACUUUUUUUCUUUUCUUUUUUUUUUUUUGGUCUUUUUUCCUUGCUCAGCUUCAAUGUGUUCCGGAGUGGGGACGGGGUGGCUGAACCUCGCAGGUGGCAGAGAGGCUCCCCUGGGGCUGUGGGGCUCUGCGUGGAUCCGAUGGGGCCACUGGUGACCUGGGUGGUCCCCCUCCUCUUCCUCUUCCUGCUGUCCAGGCAGGGCGCUGCCUGCAGAACCAGUGAGUGCUGUUUUCAGGACCCGCCAUAUCCGGAUACAGACCCAGGCUCGGCCUCGGGCCCUAGGGACCUGAGCUGCUAUCGGAUAUCCAGUGAUCGUUACGAGUGCUCCUGGCAGUAUGAGGGUCCCACAGCUGGGGUCAGCCACUUCCUGCGGUGCUGCCUUAGCUCCGGGCGCUGCUGCUACUUCGCCACCGGCUCAGCCACCAGGCUGCAGUUCUCCGACCAGGCUGGGGUGUCCGUGCUGUACACUGUCACACUCUGGGUGGAAUCCUGGGCCAGGAACCAGACAGAGAAGUCUCCUGAGGUGACCCUGCAGCUCUACAACUCAGUUAAAUAUGAGCCUCCUCUGGGAGACAUCAAGGUGUCCAAGUUGGCCAGGCAGCUGCGUAUGGAGUGGGAGACCCCGGAUAACCAGGUUGGUGCUGAGGUGCAGUUCCGGCACCGGACACCCAGCAGCCCAUGGAAGUUGGGCGACUGCGGACCUCAGGAUGAUGAUACUGAGUCCUGCCUCUGCCCCCUGGAGAUGAAUGUGGCCCAGGAAUUCCAGCUCCGACGACGGCGGGUGGAUAGCCAAAGAAGUUCCUGGAGCAAGUGGAGCAGCUCCGUGUGUGUUCCCCCUGAAAACCCCCCACAGCCUCAGGUGAGAUUCUCAGUGGAACAGCUGGGCCGGGAUGGGAGGAGGCGGCUGACCCUGAAAGAGCAGCCAACCCAGCUGGAGCUUCCAGAAGGCUGUCAAGGGCUGGCGCCUGGCACAGAGGUCACCUACCGACUGCAGCUCCACAUGCUGUCCUGCCCGUGUAAGGCCAAGGCCACCAGGACCCUGCACCUAGGGAAGAUGCCCUAUCUCUCGGGUGCUGCCUACAACGUGGCUGUCAUCUCCUCGAACCAAUUUGGUCCUGGCCUGAACCAGACGUGGCACAUUCCUGCCGACACCCACACAGAACCAGUGGCUCUGAAUAUCAGCAUCGGAACCAACGGGACCACCAUGUAUUGGCCAGCCCGGGCUCAGAGCACGACAUAUUGCAUUGAAUGGCAGCCUGUGGGCCAGGACGGGGGCCUUGCCACCUGCAACCUGACUGCACCGCAAGACCCGGAUCUGGCUGGAAUGGCAACCUACAGCUGGAGUCGAGAGUCUGGAGCAAUGGGGCAGGAAAAGUGUUACUACAUUACCAUCUUCGCCUCUGCGCACCCCGAGAAGCUCACCUUGUGGUCUACGGUCCUGUCCACCUACCACUUUGGGGGCAAUGCCUCAGCGGCUGGGACACCGCACCAUGUCUCGGUGAAGAAUCAUAGCUUGGACUCUGUGUCUGUGAACUGGGCACCAUCCCUGCUGAGCACCUGUCCCGGCGUCCUAAAGGAGUAUGUUGUCCGCUGCCGAGAUGAAGACAGCAACCAGGUGUCAGGCUGUGGUAGCCCAGCCUGGCCUCUGAGGAGUAAAGAGGUCCCAGGACUCAGGAUUGCCUCUCCUACUGCAGAGCAUCCCGUGCAGCCCACAGAGACCCAAGUUACCCUCAGUGGCCUGCGGGCUGGUGUAGCCUACACAGUGCAGGUGCGAGCAGACACAGCAUGGCUGAGGGGUGUCUGGAGCCAGCCCCAGCGCUUCAGCAUCGAAGUGCAGGUUUCUGAUUGGCUCAUCUUCUUCGCCUCCCUGGGGAGUUUCCUGAGCAUCCUUUUCGUGGGCGUCCUUGGCUACCUUGGCCUGAACAGGGCUGCACGGCACCUGUGCCCUCCACUGCCCACACCCUGUGCCAGCUCCGCCAUUGAGUUCGGAGGGAAGGAGACUUGGCAGUGGAUCAACCCGGUGGACUUCCAGGAAGAGGCAUCCCUGCAGGAGGCCCUGGUGGUGGAGAUGUCCUGGGACAAAGGCGAGAGGACUGAGCCUCUCAAGAAGACAGAGCUACCAGAGGGUGCCCCUGAGCUGGCCCUGGAUACAGAGUUGUCCUUGGAGGAUGGAGAUAGGUGCAAGGCCAAGGUCCUGGGGCCCAAUGGGCCAGACGGUCAGGGGUGCAACCCUGCCCGGGGGGUGGGGGGGCUAGACAUCCAUCGCUCCUGGGAUAUCAGGGCCUGGAGGCCUCAGGGAGAAACGAGAACAUCCACUUUGUCUUACAGACAGGAAGAGCGACUAUCUCAAUCACAACGGCUGGUUAUUAAGCGCUUAUGGCAUACCCAGCCCAUUCCAUCCACUCACAUGAUUCCCUAUCAAAUCCCCACAACCACCCCCUGAAAGGAACCAUGACUGUUGUACUUUACAGAUGUGAUCGCUGAGGCUCAGAGAGGGUGAGUGACUCGCCCGAGGCUACGUAGCACACACAGGAGUCAAAUUUGGACCCAAAUAACCCAGAGCUCCUCCAGGCUGCAGUGCACUUGCCUCCUCUCUGCCCCGCGCCUGUUGCCACACAUCCUGCGGGGGGAACCCUAGAUGCUGCCAUGAAAUGGAAGCUGCUGCACCCUGCUGGGCCUGGCAUCCGUGGGGCAGGAGCAGACUCUGCCAUUGACCUGUUCUGGAAUAGAAUAGACUGGGAAUGGGGGCAAAGGGGGCUCAGAUGGAUCCCCGGACCCUGGGCUGGGCAUCCACCCCCAGGAGCACUGGAUGGGGAGUCUGGACUCAAGGGCUCCCUGCAGCAUUGCGGGGUCUUGUAGCUUGGAGGAUCCAGGCAUAUGGGGAAGGGGGCUGUAAACAUUGUGGAAAAAAUGAUGGUCCUCCCAUCCCACCCCCACCCCACCCUCACCCCCCUAUAAAAUGGGGGUGAUGAUAAUGACCUUACACAGCUGUUCAAAAUCAUCGUAAAUGAGCCUCCUCGUGGGUAUUUUUUUCCCGUUUGAAGCUUGAAUGUCCUGCUCAAAAUCUCAAAACACGAGCCUUGGAAUUCA